AAGGUUUCCGUCUGCUCUGUGCAGAGGGAGUGGAGCUCCGACGGCCUGUGGCUUCUGUGGCUUCCUCUUCUGUGAAUCGCCAACAUCACGCGCUCCUCCCCAGCCACCCGUUCCUCCCCGCAGUCCUUCCCCUCCACUCCCUUCCCAUUCUCUGCUCACGCAGGGAGCCCAGGAAGCCUCGCCUCAGAGAUGCUACCGCUGCUGCUGCUCCUGCUGUGGGCAGGGGCCCUGGCUUGGGAGCAGAGAUUCCGGCUGGAGGGACCAGAGUUGUUGACGGUGCAGGAGGGUCUGUGUGUCCUCCUACCCUGCAGAUUGCCCCCUAUCUAUUCACUCCGAUACAUUUAUUAUGGCUACUGGUUCCUGGAAGGGGCUGAUGUUCCAGUGGCCACAAAUGACCCACAUGAAGAAGUGCAGGAGGAGACCCGGGGCCGAUUCCACCUCCUCUGGGAUCUCAGCAGUAAGAACUGCUCCCUGAGGAUCAGAGAUGCCCGGAGGAGGGACACUGCUGUAUACUUCUUUCAGUUGAAGCAGAAAUGGCCAAAUUUUGGUUACACAUCUUAUGUAUCUUCCAAGCUCUCUGUGUGUGUGUUGGCCCUGACCCACAGGCCCAGCAUCUCCAUCCCAGGGACCCUGGAGUCCGGCUGUUCCAGGACCCUGAACUGCUCUGUGCCCUGGGCCUGUGAGCAGGGGACGCCCCCCAUCUUCUCCUGGAUGUCAGCUGCCCCCACCUCCCUGGGCCCCAGGACCACCCAGUCCUCGGUGCUCACGAUCACCCCACGGCCCCAGGACCACAGCACCAACCUCACCUGUCAGGUGACGUUCCCUGGAGUCGGUGUGACCAUGGAGAGAACCAUCCAGCUCAAUGUCUCCUAUGCUCCACAGAAAGUGACUGUCAGCAUCUUCCAAGGAAAUAGCACAGCCCUCAAAAUCCUGCAAAACACCUCGUCCCUCCCCGUCCUGGAGGGCCAGGCUCUGCGGCUGCUCUGUGAUGCUGACGGCAACCCCCCUGCGCACCUGAGCUGGUUCCGGGGCUUCCCUGCCCUGAACGCCACACUCAUCUCCAAUACCGGGGUCCUGGAGCUGUCGCAAGUAGGGUCUGCAGAAGAAGGAGGUUUCACCUGCCGCGCUCAGCACCCUCUGGGCUCCCUGCAAAUCUCUCUGAGUCUCUUUGUGCAAUGGAAACCAGAAGGCGGGGUUAGUGGUGUCCUGGGAGCAGUCUGGGGAGCUGGCACCACAGCCCUGGUUUUCCUCUGUGUUGGUUUCAUCUUCAGAGUGAAGACCAGAAGGAAGAAAGCAGCCCAGCCAGUGCAAAACAUGGAUGAUAUGAACCCCGUCAUGGUCUCAGGCUCCAGGGGUCAUCAGCACCAGUUCCAGAGAGGCAUAGUUUCAGACCACCCUGCUGAGGCUGACCCCGUCUCAGGAGAUGAGCAGGAGCUCCACUAUGCUUUCCUACGCUUCCACAAGGUGCAGCUUCAGGAACCAGAGGUCACCAACACUGAAUACUCAGAAAUCAAGAUACGCAAGUGAGGAAUUGUCCAAAGCCAUAACCUUGAUUGGAGACAACAUGGUACCUCUCAGUGUAUUGGUUACUAGGGCUGCCGCAGCAACGUACCACAGACUGAGUGAUGUAAACACAGAACUUUAUUUUCUUACAGUUUUAGAUGUUAGAGGUCUGAGAACAAGGUGUUAUCAGGGUUGGUUCCUUCUAAGGCCUCUCUUGU